CGGCCGGCGACGACUUCCCCUUCCAACACCCACCUCGCCCGUCCCUCCCUCCCCGCACCCUGAUCCCCCGGCAUCCAUCCAUGGCGACGAACAGCGCGGUGAUUGUGCUCCUCCUCGUCGCUGCUGCCGUACUCGCCUGCGCGGGCGGUGCGCGCGGGUUCUACCUCCCGGGCGUCGCCCCCGCCGGUUUCCUCAAGAAGGACCCGCUCGCCGUGAAGGUGAAUCAGCUGAGCUCCAUCAAGACGCAGCUGCCCUACUCCUACUACUCCCUCCCCUUCUGCAGGCCGGGCACAAUCGUCGAUAGCGCCGAGAACCUUGGCGAGGUGCUCCGCGGCGACCGCAUCGAGAAUUCACUCUACGUGUUCGAGAUGAUGGAGCCUAGGCUGUGCCAGAUCGUGUGCAAGAUUGCUCCAACCCAAGAUGAAGCGAAGGAUCUGAAGGAGAAAAUUGAGGAUGAGUACCGCAUAAACAUGAUCCUUGACAACCUUCCUUUGGUCGUCCCAAUUAAGAGAUUGGAUCAAGAGGCACCUACUGUAUACCAGCAAGGCGUGCAUAUCGGCAUCAAGGGACAGUACUCAGGGAGCAAGGAAGAGAAGCAUUUCAUUCACAACCACUUCACAUUUCUGGUGAAGUAUCACAAGGAUGACACAGGUCUUGCCAGGAUUGUUGCCUUUGAGGUUAAACCAUACAGUAUUAAGCACGAAUUUGAUGGCGACUGGAAGGGGAAUGCUACACUCCUUAAAACCUGUGACCCACACUCAAGACGCCUUGUCGUAGACUCUGAUUCACCUCAAGAAGUAGAUGCCAACAAAGAGAUCAUUUUCACCUAUGAUAUUAACUUUGAGGAAAGUCCUAUCAAGUGGGCAUCACGCUGGGACACCUACCUUCUGAUGGCAGACGACCAAAUCCAUUGGUUUUCUAUUGUCAAUUCACUGAUGAUAGUCCUCUUCCUCUCUGGGAUGGUUGCCAUGAUCAUGCUCCGAACUCUUUACCGCGACAUCUCCAAGUACAACCAGUUAGAGGACCAGGAGGACGCCCAGGAGGAGACAGGAUGGAAGCUUGUCCAUGGAGAUGUGUUCAGGCCUCCUGUCAAUGCUGACCUGCUGUGCGUAUAUGUCGGUACAGGCGUACAGUUCUUAGGAAUGCUGCUUGUCACCUUGCUGUUUGCCAUCCUCGGCCUCCUUUCACCUGCGAAUCGCGGAGGGCUCAUGACAGCAAUGCUCCUCCUCUGGGUCUUCAUGGGGCUGUUUGCAGGGUACGCCUCCUCGCGGCUUUACAGGAUGUUCAAGGGCUCGCAGUGGAAGAAUGUCACCAUCAAGACCGCGCUGAUGUUCCCUGGCAUCGUGUUUGCAAUUUUCUUGGUCCUGAAUGCACUCAUCUGGGGCGAGAAAUCCUCAGGCGCCGUGCCAUUCACCACCAUGUUUGCUCUGGUACUCCUCUGGUUCGGCAUCUCCGUGCCAUUGGUCUUUAUCGGCAGCUACCUCGGCUUCAAGAAACCUGCCAUGGAGGACCCAGUGAGGACAAACAAGAUAGCACGGCCAAUACCGGAGCAGCCAUGGUACAUGAACCCGGUCGUCUCGGUGCUGAUCGGAGGCAUCCUGCCCUUCGGCGCAGUGUUCAUCGAGCUCUUCUUCAUCCUGACAUCGAUCUGGCUGCACCAGUUCUACUACAUCUUUGGGUUUCUGUUCCUGGUCUUUGUCAUCCUUAUCCUGACCUGUGCAGAGAUCGCCAUCGUGCUCUGCUACUUCCAGCUCUGCGGCGAGGACUACCAGUGGUGGUGGAGAUCCUACCUGACGUCUGGCUCGUCAGCGCUGUACCUCUUCCUCUACGCCACGUUCUACUUCUUCACCAAGCUGGAAAUAACGAAGACCGUCUCCGGCGUCCUAUACUUUGGCUACAUGCUCAUUGCCUCCUACGCCUUCUUUGUGCUCACCGGCACCAUUGGCUUCUACGCCUGCUUCUGGUUCACCAGGCUCAUCUACUCUUCGGUUAAGAUCGACUAGAGAGUAACAGCUGCAACACUGCUCCGUGGGUUUUCGAAAUCAGAGAUCAAGAGAGAAUACUAGGUAACGAACCAUCAGAAUUUGAGAGGGUAGUGUGCGUUAUUUUUAUAAGGUGGAACUUCAAACGUAGGGUGCUUAUUCAGUGCUUUAGGGUUUUUACAGUUUGAUUCUGGAACACUAAGUCAGUUUACUUCGAAGUCAGUAUUUUCAGUGUGUAUCCCUUACAGAAGAGGUGUCUGAUGGUAUAAUUCAACUACUUAACAAUUUAACCAU